AAGGGAAAAAUCGGGCGCCGCCACCAGGGUAUAUAAGGCGGGUGAUCCCGGGAAGAAUCAUCAGUGGUACUCCAGUCCUCAGCGUGUACAAUAGUCAUUGCAACUCACACAAGACAAUAUGAAGGUGUUCGUGCUGCUGUGUUUGGUGGGUGUAGCUCUCUCUGCGCCACAACAGUUCAGUAACAAACUUGAGAAUCCUGAGGACACCCCCGAACCAUACGAAUUCAGCCUGAACGUGGCGGACGAUGAGUUCACAAACUACCAGUCCCGGCAGGAGAGUCAGGACGCCAACGGAGUGGUACAGGGAGUGUACUCCUUCAUAGCUCCCAACGGCAUCAGAUACACAACCUCCUACACUGCUGACCCAGUCAAUGGUUUCCAGGCCAACACCGUAGAGGAACAGACCAACAUUGAGAUCAAGAUCCCUGUGCACCCCCCACAGCCUCAGGGACGCUCCUAGACGGUCACCACACAACCCUGGCUGCCACAACCACUAUCAACCACAACACUACUGACCUUCACAACCACCACCAUGGAACUCAACAGCUCCUGAUGUCUCUUACUGCCUCUCCUCAUACUUCUUUUGUUAUCUUACGUGGCGAUGGUCCUUGUGUGGAGUAGUUUGGAAGACAACUUACGAGCUACGCACUAAGAAAAUAAGAAUGAAGGAAUACUGCAGAUCUUCUGGCCUAUGCUAGGCAAGUCCAUCUCAGAUGCUACAGUGCACUCCACCAUCCACUAUGUCACAUUUGUUUUUUAGUGAUUUCUCUUAUAUAUUUCCUAAUUCCUUGAAGGAGAUUAAAACAGUUAUCGUCAGAUAUUGGAAAGCAGUUUAGGUCAGUUUGAAGAAGGAAAAAUCACCAGUCCUAUUCAAUCUUACCUGAUGUAAAUAUUGUAUAUAAUUCAUGACGUCAUGAAUAGGUAAUUAUUCCAUAAUCUCCGAAUAUUUGCAUGAUUUUGGGAAGGACUGGUUUUGUUUGAAAACUCAAUUAUUCCUAACGUUAUAUACAUCUAAGUCAUACCAUGUUACAUAGUCAUUUAAUCUACAAUAUACUCAAAGUUUAGAAUUUCUUAUCUCUUUUUUUUUAUAUACUAUGUCAACAACUUCAAACUUAUUUCUCAACUCUAGAUCUGCAUGUUAUAACUUAUACUGUCGUAUCCUAUCUGCCUGUUGAAAGUAGUGUGCUAAUUUUCCCUCUGUAUGUAGCCGUCUUCCUUGCUCAGCAUGCUCUAUGCACAUGAUGCAUGCAAGAGCAUGUGUGUGACGAAGAUCUGUGUAUAUGUGUGUAUGUUUGUGUGAGCCUGUGGAAGGCUGGGUUGUGACAGUGUUAUACCCAUGUUCCUCACUCCCACCAGUCACUUGUGUUGUAGUCAGCUUCUCUCAGCUUACUGCUCGCCUUGUGAGUUAGUACAAAUAAAAUUUGGCUUGCUAUCA